UUAAGAUGGAUACGUGGGCCUUUGUCCAAAAGUCAAGAUUAAGUGUCUAUAAGACAUUACUUCUUUUCUUCUGUCAACUUUUCCUGCCUGCAUUUGCCCUGUAUUAAACUUCCAAGAUCUAAGGCAGUAGCAUGAACAUUGCGGCUUCCCUUCGCAUGGCAUUGUCUACGCCCUGUUUACACAGGAGUAGGGCAGCAUUUCACUUACAGUGCUCACAAUUACAGUUGGUGCUUUGUGGUUCCUGUGUGUGUGCAUGAAGGUCUUAUUCUUUUCCACAACACUGGGUGUGCUCUGUAACACUAGCUCUACAGUUUAUCAGCCAAGAGUUUAUUGGGCUUACUCAUAGACUCCUGUGUGAGGGGUUAACCAUAGGAGCAGGGGUGUGGUGGAUUGAAUGAAAAUGGCCCCCAGAGACUCAUAGGGAGUGGCAUUAUUGGAGGCAUGGCCUUGUAGUAGGCAUGGCCUUGUUGUAGUAGGUGUGGCCUUGUUGUAGUAGGUGUGGCCUUGUAGUAGGCGUGGCCUUGUUGGAGGAACUGUGUCACUGCCAGUGGGCUUUGCUCAGGAGCUCAAGCCAGGCCCAGUAUCACUCUCUCUGCCUGCUGCCUACCAUCCAGACGUAGAACUCUCAGCCUCUCCAGCACCCAGUCUGCCUGUUCACUGCCAAGCUUCCUGACAUGAUGAUAAUGGAUUAAACCUCUAAACUGUGCCUAGCAACAAAUGAAGUCUCUUCAGAAGAAUGGAUUUCAACUCAAGCCUUGAAGAAUUCCAGCCCCCAGAUCUACCUGCAGCAGAGAAAUAGAUCAGGGAGCAGAACAGAGCUGGGAAGGGAGGCAUGCCAAAGAGAAAUCAGCUCAGCAGCCCAGAUACACUCAGCCACAAGGGCCAGGGAUAUCACAUGGAGAAUCGAGAGACGACAGGAUGCCUGAGCACAUCUGUUUGAUUGUCACCCAGGCACGGGGUGACCGGAGCAGAAGCACUUUUAUUGGAGAUAAUAAACCCAGUUCUUCAAGAGAAGAUGAAGCAAUUAAUUAUUCAAGGGCAGUGAGUUCUCCGGUCCUUCGUUUCCGCAGACCGCAUUUCCCUCGGCUGUUUAAAUAAGAAAUCGACAGCACACUCGGCUGCCUGCGCUUCUGUAAGGAGCCAACUGUCAUUCCAUUCAAGAUCUCUUGAUUCAAGUAUCUCUGAUUCUAAAAGGAUUGUCUUAGGCCCAGGGAAGAAACCUAGAUGCCUGCUUUCUGAUGCCAAAGGCAUCUCCUGGUCAGUAGCUGGACGUCAGAAGCAACAUGCCGGAACAGAGCAACGACUACCGGGUGGCUGUGUUUGGAGCAGGUGGUGUUGGUAAGAGCUCCCUCGUUUUGAGGUUUGUGAAAGGGACCUUCAGGGAGAGCUACAUCCCAACUGUGGAAGACACCUACCGGCAGGUGAUCAGCUGUGACAAGAGCAUUUGUACGCUGCAGAUCACCGACACUACCGGGAGCCACCAGUUCCCGGCCAUGCAGCGGCUGUCCAUCUCCAAAGGCCACGCCUUCAUCCUGGUCUACUCCAUCACCAGCCGGCAGUCCCUGGAGGAGCUCAAGCCCAUCUAUGAGCAGAUCUGCGAGAUCAAGGGGGAUGUGGAGAGCAUCCCCAUCAUGCUGGUGGGUAACAAGUGCGAUGAGAGCCCCAACCGCGAGGUCCAGAGCAGCGAGGCGGAGGCCCUAGCCCGCACAUGGAAGUGCGCCUUCAUGGAGACAUCGGCCAAGCUCAAUCACAAUGUCAAGGAACUCUUUCAGGAACUACUUAACCUGGAGAAGCGCAGGACCGUGAGCCUCCAGAUCGAUGGCAAGAAGAGCAAGCAGCAGAAGAGGAAGGAGAAGCUCAAGGGCAAGUGCGUGGUCAUGUGAGAGGCCUUCGUGCAGAAGGAGCUGACGCCCUAGGGCCUCUCUCUUCCUCCCCUCUGUGAACCCCACUGUCGUCAGGGCAGCAUGUCCGAUGCCCGUGUGUUAAACAUUGCAUUUGGCUGCGACACACCCUGCAAUGUCCUUCAGAGGCAUUCUACACACCCCACUAGCCCUACCCCUCAGGAGAUGCGGAAUCUGUGAUGCUCUUAGCAUCCCAGGAAGCCGAGGCCAAUCCUGAGUGGGCUUUAGCCAUUUGAAGAUGAGGGGACUCAGAGCUGUGGACACAGGAGAAACUGGGAGUACUGUGCACGUGACAGCAGGUUAGCCCGUAGCUACUGGUACCACCCCACAUCAGGCAACUUAGUUCAGAAGCCGCUAACAUCUUUGUGGGAGGAGCAGGCGGUCGUAGGAGGGGAGAAACCAGUGGGUCCAACAUGGACCUGUGGUCCACAGUGGUUCCCUUGAGUGGAUUUUUAGUGAGACUAAAGAUAAAAUACCAUAACCCCUAAGUGAUGCUCAUACUAUUCCUUCUGACAUACACUGAGGGCUUGCCCCUCUUCCUCAGAGCCUUCUUAGAAAGUACUGUGUCAGCCUGUUAGGAGUAUACAUUUCACAUGUAAUGCCAAGGCCCCUUGUGGUAUGAUGCUGUGUCAGUACUUCUUCAGUUUUUGAGUCAGGACAUUGUGACAUCAUGUAAACAUCGCAAUAAUGCUCCCGUGUGUGUGUGUG